AUGCACAUCAACCUGACUGUGGCCGUCAAGGAAUCUCGUGCCUUUCAUGGAACUCAGCCUGCCAAUCGAGUUAUUACCCCUGAUGCUGAGGAAGUGACAGCCAUGGAGCCAGGUCAGGUGCAGGUCGCCCCACUGCUACCCCCGCCCCCUCCUCCCCCUCCACCCCCACCCCCCCCUGCGUCCUGCUCACCUUUUAGCCGGUUGGACUGUGCUCGCCGGAGCCGACUGAGGAAGCUGAACUGGGACUCUAUCCCCAAAGAGAAGGUAGAGGGGAGAAAGAGCGUGUGGAGUGGGGCGGCCCCUGGCGAAGAUGAGUUCCCCAUAGAUCUCCAUUCAUUAGAUGAGCUGUUUGGUCAGAAGGACAGCAAGCCAAAGGACAGAACGAGCACUCUGAGGCGGCGGUCAGCACGCCUGCACUGCAGAGCCCCACAAGACAGCCCAGAGGAGAUUUCCCUGUUGGACUCUAAACGGAGUAUGAACAUUGGAAUAUUUCUACGCCAGUUCAAGAUGCCUGCUCAGGAGAUCGUUGAAGAUGUUCGACAUGGUGCUGGAGAACGUUACGGAGCAGAGAAGCUCACAGAACUCUGCAAACUGCUGCCUGACAGAGAGGAGGAGUCUCGCCUUAGGAGGUUCAGCGGGGAGCGGAGCUGCCUAGAAGAGCCUGAUCUUUUCAUGCUGCUGCUGGUGGAAGUCCCCAGUUUUCGACUUCGUUUGGACGCAAUGAUCCUGCAACAGGAGUUUGACCCAGCUGUGACCUCUCUGUGUGUGGCAGCCAGAUGUCUGAGGGAGGCAGCCCGAGAGUUGCUGAGCUGCCCAGAAUUACAUUCCAUCCUCCGUUUGGUGCUGAAAGCAGGGAACUACAUGAAUGCAGGUGGAUAUGCUGGGAAUGCUGCUGGUUUUCGAAUUUCAUCACUACUCAAACUGGCUGACACUAAAGCAAACAAGCCAGGCAUGAAUUUGCUGCAUUAUGUUGCUAUGGAAGCUGUGAAAAAAGACCACAGUUUACUCUCAUUUCCCAGCCAACUAGGCCACAUUGGCUCCGCCUCCAGGUUGUGUGAGGAGGCCGUACUGGAUGACUUAUCAAAGUUAAAAAACCGAGUUGCUGCCCUCAAGACAAACACACAGAGUGAAGCAGAGAUUCGGCAGCAAACACAACAUUUUCAGGAGAGGGCUGAAGAUCGACUGAGGGAGGCAGACGAUGAGGUAGAGGGUAUGAGGAUGUCGAGUCAGGCUCUGGUGGAGUUCUUCUGUGAGGAUGACAGCACUUUCAAACUAGAGGAGGCUUGUCGGGUCUUCCAUUUGUUUUGCCAUCGCUUCCAAAGAGCUGUCCAGGAAAAUGAGGAACGUGAGGUAAAGGAGCAAAAGCGUCUUGAACGUCAGCAUGAGAUGGUGAAAAAACGUCGAUCUCUGGCUGUGUGCACUGGGCUGGAUCUGGGAUUGAGUCUUGCUAGAGAGCCGCACAAUCAGGAGAACCAGGAUGAGCUUGAGAAACUUCUAGAGACGAACUUGAGCCAUACUUGGAGUCGUCGCAGUCUGAGAAGCCCUGGUUCCCGCAGAUUCUCCUACCAUCCCCAAAUCGACACCUGUCUCCACAACUCGUCCACUUUGAAGAGUUUUCCGGUGUUGGGCAGCAGCCCGACAUCAACCGGCUACCACUUAAACAGCUCCUCUGACCAUGAGACCAGUGCUGCACUCUGCAGCUCGCCAGAGACUGAUGGCACAUGCUAUCCUAUUGACCAAGAAGCUGUUUUGGUGAGAGAGAGCAGAGCUACAAACCUGAGGAUGGAAGUAGUUAAGGACUCACACAUUGCAAUAUUUAGAUCCUCUCAGCAUGAAAGUGGCUUCACACUGAAACAAUAUGGGAAGCAGAGUAUUUCCUACAUGCUACAAAGCCAACCGGAGGCUAAAGGAUUUGAAAAAGAGUUUUCCGAACACCUGGCGUUGAACGGUUCAAGAACACACUCUGCUGCUAUAAAUACUGAGGAACCAGCCCACGGUGUUAAAAGCAAAGCUCCAGUUUACAAACAUAGAUUUGGCCGGCCAGAGACAAGCAAAAAUUGUCCUCCUCAAAGUAAAACUGAAAACCCUUGUGCUAGUGAUGCUAUACACGAGUCCAUUCAUACAAUGUCUAUUCAGAGAAGUGGAAUACCUUCCCAUGAUACCAAAACUGGACACUUGAAACUAUCGAGAUCUGGGACCAAAUCUCAAUCGUCUCCCGAGGAAAUUCAGUCACUGCCGCAAACAAAAGACAUUACAUCCACUGAAGCAGAAGCUUUGAUGCCCUUGCCUGAUGCAGCUUCAACGGUAGAGACAAACUCUCAAGUUGUUUCCACACCUGUGGAAAACAGCUGGAUGCCGUCCAGUCUGCCAGAGUUCAGCCAGUCGCAGCCACAAGAGGCCCCUGAAAUACCAGCUGCUGAGAGGGAGCUGGCGAGGUCAGUCCUGCGCGUAGGUGAAACGCUGGAGUGCCACACUCUGGUGAAAGGCCUCCGAUCUUACGAGACCAUGUCACCUCCGACCUCCCCGCUUCCUCGACCCGCGCCGAGCCUCUGCUCCAAGUGGAAGAAGGAGAGGGAGGCCGAACUUCGAGAUGGAGCUACUCCACUGUCUCCGGCAUCAAAGGAGGAGGCUCAAGUCUUGAGGAUCCCCGUACGCAGUGGAAUAGGAGCCAAGAGGGGACUCAUGUCGCGUGCAGCUCCUUCCAGUAGCACAGGCAUUCCCAGGGUGCGCUCUAAAACGGAUCAGUCGAAUAGCGUCUCACUUCCUGCAAACCCGCCGACGCCUGCACGGCAGUCGAUUCCUCGCAGUGUGUCGAUGCGCUCGUCUCCCUCCGCACGGCCGAAUGUUGCUCAGGCCGACGUGAAGCGCAGCAGCAGCACGCGGGAAAAAACAGCGAGCGAGUCGAAGAUUCCAGGAAAGUCCGCCUUGACACGCAGGACCUCAGAUGGAGCUGUACAGACAGAGAGGGUCCCAGGCAGCAAUCAGCCUGCCUUUGUACGAGGGACCCCCGUCCGAGUUUCCAAACGUCUGGCCCCAAAUUCAGAGAGCCAGGUUCUCUCCCCGCCUCGAAGCGCCCACAGCCCAUCCUCUGCCACAGCUAAGACUAUACGCACCGCUGUCAUAUCGGCAGCCCAGCAUAAAACCGCCAAGACGACAAACACAAACACUUCACCUGCCAACUCUAAAAAUGCAGCACCUUCAAGGAUACCUGGUCCCAGGGUGACUCGAGCUGCUGCCACUCAGCCACUGUGGAGGUGAUAUAAGACCUGCUUCAUGGACUAUGCUAAGAUUUCUCAUGCAUUCAUUGAUCUUUGAUCUUUUUCAUUCCUAAAUUAAAAUGUAGUUCAAAUCAAUUCUACUUCAAUGAAAUAUAUGUAUAGUUUAGUGCGUGGAUUCUAUAUAUAUGUUCAAUGAAGCUGCACUAAGAGAAUCUGGGAAACUUUAUGUGCUGGGAAUAGUGGAUCCUCUACAAUCUACCUCUUUUUACACCUAUGUGUGUCCUUUGCAGGCAAUAGGGCAGCAAAAGAUUUGUCUUACAGUCACCUUUGAUAUGUAGAACAGUGUGACACCUAAAACAUCCUACCAAUUGGAUGCCACAUGAACUAUAUGUUUGAAAAAAAAAGUAGAUUUGCUUGAUUCAUUUUUGUUUUCAUUAAAACAUUUUCAUAUAGUUGUCCAAAUGUUCCCACUGUAGCCCUUCCUCUUAACCACCAGUGUUUUCAAACUGAACUUGGUACAUCAUGGAGCUGUUCAUCCUGUUGCACUUUAAAAACUGAAGAGGAGGCUGAACGUAUAUGAUUGUUUCAAUCAUGUCUUUUUUAUUUGAUAGAAUUUCUAUAACUUUAUUGAAUAGAAUUAUUGACUUUAUUAUGUUAAUUUGUUUAAAA